CAUGACACUCUUCGCCCUCCACAUAGCCAUCUGCAAUCCUAUUCUCUACAAAGUCCACUACAAACCCAAACUAAUCACCAUCUUCGUGGUAGUAUCUUGGCUCGUAAACAUUGGGUGUAGCGGUUUAGCAUUUUCAGCAGAAAACGUCCUCGCUCUGGAACGUGAUAAUGUCCUAUUGAUGAACGUUAGUAAACAGAAUGCCUGGUUUCUAUGUCUUACUGUGUUCUUUCACACCAUUCUACCACUUGCAAUUGUCAUCAUCGCCUUCACACGCAUAUGCCUCCACAUGCGCAAGAAAGAGAACGUUUCCAUCACAUCCGCCUCCGCUACCAAGCUUUAUGUCCGUCAAGCAAAGGGCAUCCUUGUCGUAUAUAUCACCUACAUAGUAACAUUUAUCCCUCUGUUUGUUUUUUACUCCUUCAAUAUUAAUUUUAAAAGUAGCAGUGGCAUUCAUCUCUUCAUUAUUGGAAACAGCCUUAUUUUCCUGAACUAUGUGUACCUUGUCUUCAAGCUACCCCUGUUUCUGUUGGCCUUCAAAUCCUACCGUCGAGUUGCCUCCCAAAUCUUCUGUCAACACCAGGCAUCGGGAUCUUCAUCUGUGCCCUCUGGCGAUCGAGGCAAAUUGCCACAGAGGAAAUACCAGACUGCAAAAAACAUCAACCACACGCUUGAUGACAGUGGCCAUCAACGCUCUUCAGAGGCUGCCAGACCUACCCCGAUACAGAUGGAUGAGACAACCGAGAUGAAUGGGAAUAUUGGAAGAGUUAACCAUGGCUUCACCAGCACCUCUUCUUUGUACCAUGGGGACACAGCGAGAACAAACGGUGCAAACGAUGACGUCAGUUCCAGUACAAGUGAUGACGUCAGUUCGAAAGCCGACAGCGCCAGUGCUUAAGUUUACGUCAGUAAUAGACCGGUCGCCACCUAAAUGGCUAUGGAUAGCGCAUCAACCCUACAGGGGCCGACUGCAUGGGGACAGGGUCUCUCUGUUCAUACCGAUAGGGUAGUAUAUGAAGCUUGCUCAACUGUUUGUAUACACAUUAUGUUUAAUCAUUCUUAAAGGUGCACCUGACUCGGUCAAGUUGGCAGCCCCAGCAAGUGUGAAACACUGCGUUCAGACACUACUUUGUCUGUCUGUUUUCUCAAAGUUUAUCAUGUACAUUAAUCUUACAGCCAAUUAUUAAAACGCCUAAGGUAGACUAUUGACCAACAGACCCAAGAGUCUAAUCCUCCUUUAAGGUGUCUGGAACCGUUAUAUCAAUUCUCAAUCCUUGUGAAACGCUGACCAGCCUUAUUGUUUCAAAUA